GCCAACAAGCUAAGCUAACUAGCAAUCUAAGCUAAAACGAUGUACCGCUAAUGUAUCCAAAUACAAUGACUAACGACGUGUACUGCAUUCAAACGACAUAUAAGUGUACAUGUGCGUUCCGAUUAAGAUCAAUAUAAUAUAAUAACCACAGCAACGCCUUUUGGGUCAAACGCCAUCUUGUUUAUAUUCGUCCUGUUCUCAACCGCGGAACAAUUGUGCGCGGAACACGUGUUUCCCGGGGACAAUAGUGAAUGGUGCACACUUGCUCCGCCAAGCCACAGAACAAUACGUCACAUUUAAGAGUUGCUGGUGUCGCAAUUGGAAUAAUAUAUUUGACUCCACUUUAGUGCAAGCAGCUAAUGAGACGUCCAACAGAUGAACGGUCGUCAAGAAGAAGGUGCCCCUCAGCAGCAGGGGGUGAGUUCCUCUUCGAGGCAGGAGGAUCCACAGCUCCCCCACAUUAAAAAAGAAGAGGAGGAUCUCUGGGUUACUCAGGCAGGAGAGUGUCCUGUAGGGCAGGAGGAGGCUGAUCUCACCAAGUUUCCACUGACUGUUGUCUCUGUGAAGACUGAAGACCAUGAAGACAAACCACCUGAGUCCUCACAGCGUCAUCACAGUCCAAACGUCAGGGAAGAACAUCCUUUCCCUGAUCAACAGGAGUGGAGCGCCAUUAAAGAGGAAAGCGAGGCGCAACAGACCCCUCACUUCAAAAAGGAAGAGGAGGACCCACUGACCCUCCGUGUUAAAGAUGAAGAGGAGGCGCCACAGCCCCGUCAAAUCAAAGUGGAAGAGGAGGAACACAGCAUCAGUCAGGAGGGAGAGCAUCUUGAAGGACUGGAGGAGUUCCCAGUGACUGGUGUCCCUGUGAAGAGUGAAGAUGAUGAGGUCAAAGGUGAAAGUGAGGAGAAGAGAGAGGCGGAGCCUCCAAGCAGCAGCUCAACUCAACACAUGACAACAGAAGCUGAUGGAGACCACUGUGGAGGAUCACAAGCAGACAAGCUCUUAGCUCCACUAUCAGAUAGUGAGGACACAACGUCACACUCUCCUGACACUGAUGAUGAAGACUCUAAAGAUGAUAAGACAUGUCACACUGACAACACACACUUCACAUGUUCUCACUGCGACAAAACCUUUAAACGCCCACGUUGUCUUAAAACACACGAGAGAAGACACACACUGGAUGUAAAACCUUUUUCCUGCUCAGGGUGUGGAAAAUGUUUUUCACGGAAAAAUGGUUUGAAAGAACACAUGAAAAUACACACUGGAGAAAAACAUUUUUCCUGCCCAGUAUGCGGUGAAUGUUUUGUGUUGAGUCAAAAUCUGAACAAACACAUGAGAACACACACUGGAAAAAAACCGUUUUCCUGCUCAGAAUGUGGAAAAUGUUUCUCCAGAAGAAAUGGUUUGAAACAACACAUGCAUAUCCACACCGGAGAAAAACUUUUUUCCUGCUCAGUAUGCAGUAAAUGUUUUGUGUCAAGUCAAAAUUUGAAAAGACACAAAAGAUUACACACUGGAGAAAAUGAUGAUGAAGACUCGACGGCUGCUAAUACGUGUCACACUGGCAACACACACUUGAAAUGUUCUCAGUGUGACAAAAAUUUUAAGUACCAUUGUCAUUUGAAAGUACACAUGAGAAUACACACCGGAGAAAAACCUUUCCCUUGUUCAAUCUGUGGACAAUGUUUUACACGACGACAGUCUUUGAAAAAACACAUAAGAUUACACACCGGAGAAAAACCUUUUACCUGCUCAAUGUGUGGUAAAGGUUUAAACCAAAAAAGUGAUUUGGAAAGACACAUGAGAUUACACACCGGAGAAAAACCUUUUUCCUGCUCAAUCUGCGGCAAAGGGUUCGCUGUAAAGCACAAUUUGAAAACACACAUGAGAGUACACACUGGAGAAAAACCUUUUUCCUGCCCAGAAUGUGGUAACGGUUUUGCACAAAAAUCAUAUUUGAAAGAACACAUGAGGACGCACACUGGAGAAAAAACGUUUUCCUGCUUAGAAUGUGGUAGAGCUUUUGGACGACAAAUUGUGCUGAAAGAACACAUGAAAAUACACGCUAGGGAAAAACCUUUUUCUUGUUCAAGCUGUGGUAAAGAUUUUGUUCAAAGACAAACUUUAAAAAGACACAUUAGAACACACAGGUGAGAAAGUGUUGAGUUGCAGUGUGUGCGGUGAAAGAUUGUCUUCUAAGUAGCAGUGUAAGAAACACAAGUGUGCUGGUGAGAACAGCAGCAGCAAAUGAAGAUGCAGGAUUUGAAAUAAAUUGUCAAAACUCUAACUUUGACUUUCUAACAACAUUAGCACAUAUAACAUGUGACAUCAUUGUUGUGUGUGUAACACGAUCUUGUUGAUAUACUUGUAACAUGUAAUAAUACGAUGUUAUAUUAAUGCUUUUUUUCAGUCAAGUACAUGCAGUAAUAAACAACAUUGUGUUCUUUGAUUUGAAAAUGAACAGAACAAUUUGACUGAAAAGGUGAGGGUAAAUGGUACAAAAUAUGUUACAUACAUUAAAUUUUAUGUAUAAAUAGAUAUUCAUAAUUCACUUUUAUACUCAUUCAUAGUGUUUAUAGGUUUGUGUAAUGAUGAAGUGUUUUCAUAUCUAACUGUAGAUGAUUCCAUAGAUGAACUCCUUUAUAUGAUAUACAUAUUUGUUUUACAUUUGUUCAUACCUUUGCUUUUGAGUACACAUAAAUCCCUCUUAGUUCAUAUUUACUGGUUCACAUCUGAAACAUCUUCUGGACCACUUCUGGAAGCAUAUUAUUAUUUACUUUAUACAUCAUUUGAGCAGUUGUGUUUUAUACAAGAUCAUUUACUUUUAAAAUGUGUGACUUUAUGCAUCAUUUGUUGGGUCUCUUUAAUCCAUUCUAUUAAAUAUCUGUGUUACUCUCUUUUGUAAUAUCAAUAUUGUUUUGUGAGUGUUUUAUAUAUAUGUCCCCAUAUCUUUAUGCAAUAAGCAAAACAAAAAAAGUUACAAUAAACGUAGUUAAUAUUU